UUCUCCUUCUUCUUCUUCCCCAACCCGACCCCCAGCGAGCGCUUCUUCGUUCCUCCACCGAAAAAGUCCAACCUCCUUUCCGCCGCUCCCCAACCCAAUCCACACCCCUCUGCUCGAUUCCAUCAGAGAGAGAGAGAGAGAGAGAGAGAGAGAGCCCCGCCCCGCCUCUAGGGUUUCGCCCGCCCGCCCUCCAGCGCCGCCGCCGCCGCCGCCCCAUCGGAUCCACCUCCAAUGAUGACCAUGAGCGACGACGGAGACCGCACCUGCCCGCUCUGUGCCGAGGAGAUGGACAUCACCGACCAGCAACUCAAGCCCUGCAAAUGCGGCUACGAGAUUUGUGUCUGGUGCUGGCACCACAUCAUUGACAUGGCUGAGAAGGAGGACACCGAGGGCCGCUGCCCCGCGUGCCGCACGCGCUACGACAAGGACAGGAUCGUCAAGAUGGCUGCCACUUGUGAGAGGCUCACAACUUACGGGUUUUUUUCUCUCCCGAUGGAUGGAUACAGGACCGUAACAGAUAAAAAUACUGAGAAGAAGCAGAAGACCCAGAAGGUCAAGUCAAAGGCACUGACUGUGGAAGCUAAGAAGCAUCUCGCUAGCGUCAGAGUUAUACAGAGGAACCUCGUGUACAUAAUUGGGCUUCCUGCAAAUUUAUGCAAUGAGAGCGUACUUGAGCGCAGGGAAUACUUUGGUCAGUACGGAAAGGUUCUGAAGGUUUCAGUUUCUCGUCCGACUGGGGCUCCUUCCCAGCAGACAUCAACAAACAACGGUAUCAGCGUAUAUAUUACUUACGCCAAAGAAGAAGAGGCCAUCCGGUGUAUUCAGGCUGUACACAAUUUUGUCUUGGAAGGGAAAGUGUUAAGAGCAUGCUUUGGUACUACAAAAUAUUGUCAUGCGUGGCUAAGAAACAUGACAUGUGGGAAUCCAGACUGUCUCUAUUUGCAUGAUGUAGGCAGUCAGGAGGAUAGUUUCACUAAAGAUGAGAUAAUUUCAGCAUAUACCAGGAGUAGGGUUCCUCAAAUGGCGUCUACUGUGUCUCAAAGACGUUCAGGGACUGUAUUGCCUUCCCCAGCAGAUGAUUUCUCUUACAGUGCAGUGGUUUCAGCCAAACAUACCAUCAAGAAUGGAACAUCUAAUACCACAGGCCAGUCCAGACUGUCACCUCCAAACAGUAGUUCUGGGAGGUCCACGCUCCCACCAGCUACUUCAUGGGGACAUCGUGAAUUAAAUACAAGGACACCAGCAACAGAGGUGACAUCCUCACAAUCUCUUAUAAAAUCAAAAUCAGAGACACAUAGUAAUUCAUUUCCGAGUUCUUCGAUGAUUCCAAGUGCAAGACUACCUUCUUCAUGGAAUGAUGAUACAAGCACAGUACCCAAAAUGACUGAAGGAAGACAUUUAUCGGAACGGGAUAGUCUGUCCAAAACCUUGAAGCUGUAUAGACCUGGUAUUGCAAAGGAAACCCAAGCUGUGACAUCGCUGGAGUCGUCAUUGGACAUAGACUUCUCUACAAUACCCUCCGCGUGGAAUGAUGAUGAAGUUGUGGCAUCAGAUGAGCCGUUGAAAGGGAGUGAGAAAAAGCAAGUUGUAAAUGGACAGCUUGUUUCUUCACCAUCUUUAAAGCCAACGGAGUCAAGCCAGCCUGCGUCCAAGUUAUUAACAUCACCAAAGAAAGACACAACAUUAAACAUUUCCAAGCAGAGUCUUUUAGACUGCGUGUCACGUUCAGCAAUAUCUAAUUCAGAUGUAAAGAGUGGUGAUGGUGACCACCAAGUAAUUAACAUGGGUGCUACAACUUUGAGAGCUAUGAACAGCCAGCCAAAUCAAACUGCUAGCGAGAGUAGACCUGUGGACACAGAAGUUGAGAAGUUAUCUGUUGGGGUGUCAUCAGUAACUUUAGAUAGCAAAGAUAAGGUUCAAAGUAUGGCAGAAAAGCAACAGCUGGAUGCAAUUCUAGAUACUUCGGUCGUGAUACCAUCGAGUCAAAAUUUGAACAAGGAACCAUCUCAUUCGAAGCUUGCUGAGUUUUUGUCAUCAGGAAAUAAGGACCCUGCACUUUCUUGUCAAUCUAGUGCUGAUAAGCAUCUUGACUGGAGUUCAGAGCUGCAAAGUCAUGGUGUGACUUCUCGUUUAGAUGACAUUUGGAAUUCUUCUGUGGCCACUGAUAAACCCCAUGCAAGGAUGCUGGAUACUGCAGAUCAGGCAUUAUCUUCAUCAUAUGUCCGUACUGCUAAUACGCCACAUAUGUCAUUGUGGAAUGAUAAAGAAAUUAACCGUACUUCGACAAGUGAUAGAACUUCCAGUACCAUGACGCAAACUGGGUUGUCAUCUUCGACUGACAACACUUCCGCCUUUUUGAAUCUCCGGCAAGAGGGGUUAGGAACAAUGUAUGCUCCUGGCAUGGUUUCUGAACAUUCUGGUUUGAGAAGCCAUCAGCAUGGAGUACUGGAUGCAGUAAGAACGGGUAACAUAGGUAGUUUUGGCAAGGCUGUAGGUGGAAAUAAGGAUGAGGGCAGCAUAAUUUCUGACAUAUUGUCUUUGGAGUUUGAUCCAUGGGAUGAGUCGUAUUCGACUGCUAAUAAUUUUGCUAAGAUGCUUAACGAAUCUGAAAAGAAUGAUGUACUUUUCAAUGGGCCUUCAUGGAAAUCAAAAGGCAGCAGUAACGAGUCUAGAUUUUCAUUUGCUAGACAGGAUAAUCAACGAAACUUCCCAGAUUCAUCUUUCAGAAAUUGUGGUAGUGAACAGAAUUUCAGCUUGUUAUCCCAGAAUUCUCAUGGCAAUGUUUAUCAGAAUGGCAUUGCAUUCCAAUCUCCAGAGGAAGAUUUUCCAAAGAGCAAUCCUCUUACUAUGUCCGAUAUGCCAACCGCUGGCACUUCAAGGUCUAAAAUAUCCGCACCUCCUGGAUUUUCGGCUCCAGCAAGAGUCCCCCCCCCUGGAUUUUCAUCCCAGGAUGGAUUGAAUCCCCCUCCUGGAUUUUCUUCAGGAUUCUCAUCUCAGGAUAUGUUGAAUACCCAUGGAUUUUCUUCUGGAUUUUCAUCUCAGGCUGGAUCUAAUCCCCCUCUUGGAUUUUCAUCCCAGGCUGGGUCUAAUCCGCCCCGUGGAUUUAAUUCUGGAUUUUCAUCACAGGAUGGUUCUAAUAUCCCUCCUGGCUUUUCUUCUGCAUUUUCUGCUGGAUUUUCAUCCCAAAAUGGGUCUAACCAGGCGUAUGGCUCAACAUACUCAGAAACUCGUCUACUUGAUAAUCUUUUUGGUAGCCACACCAAUCAGUAUCAACCUCAGAUAUCGAGACACACAAGUGAUAUAGAAUUUAUUGAUCCUGCUAUACUGGCUGUGGGCAAGGGGCGGAUGCCAGGAGUUGGUGAUUCUGGGUUGGAUAUGAAAAAUGCUCCUUUUCCAGCGCAGUUGCAAACAUCAAACAACGAUCCAAGGCUUCAGUUACUUAUGCAACAGAGCAUGCCCUCUCAUCAAAAUCUCAGAUAUACAGACCAUGUUCAGGAUGCAUUCAACCCUAUGAAUGAUAAUUAUCUGGCAUCCCGACUUCUACAACAAAACCAUGGUUCUCUAUCGCCUUAUGCACAGAUGCCACUCCAACAACCUAGAAACUCACAGCUUGCAAAUGGUCACUGGGAUGGCUGGAGUGAUUUGAGACAAGGGAAUAAUGUUCCCAUGUCGGACAUGUCGAGGAUGUUGUAUCCAUCUGAAGCUAGCAACUUUCACAUGCUGGGUUCAAAUGAUAUGUAUAACAGAACCUAUGGGCUUUAGUUGUCUUGGAAGAUGCGUAUCUGACCUUUCUGUGCCUAACUUGAGCUCGUCUCUCGUUCUGAAAGUAACUGGUUGCACAGUGCUGGCUAAUGGUUGUGCUUAUGAGCUGGUACAAUGAGUGUUCUAUUGGAAGGCAGUUGAUUCAAAUGGACCAACAUGAACUUGAGUUUUAACCAGUCCUCCCAAGGCACCAGGUUCCUUUCUAGAUAAAGCCAUACAUGAAGAGGUGACCCAUGAAGUAUAUGGAUACAUGUGUGGUUUUGGUGCGAUGGAAGCUGGCUUGUCCAAGGGACUUUUUAACAUUUGUUCUAUUUCGCCGUGGUAGCUGCUGUGCAAAUGUUUUUUUGCCUUGGGAAAUCGAAAGAGUCGUUUGUACAUGAAAUAUGUAACUUGCCGCCGCUGAUAGCUCUUGUGGUGCACAGAAGCUCAUGUUUUGGUGUGGGACAUGGCAUUGCUAAACCGAAAGCAAUUGACUAUCAUCUAUAGCUCAGUUGACAAUUGUUUGGUAUUAAACUGAAGAUUUGAGUACAUUUAAACCUUGUUGUUAAAUACCUUCUGUCUGCUGUUCUCAUAUAAGGUUCUGUGUACUAGCGUUAA